AAGAGGCUCGCGCAUGCGCGCAGGAGGCUGCCGGUGACCCUGCUCCUACGUAGGUGCUGUUUGUGGCUGCCGAAGUCGCUGCGCGGGGUCGGGUCCGGCUUUAGGCGGUUCUUCCCGUUUUCUUCUCGUAUCCCCGAUGUGAUCCCUACUGGAGGAGCAGGAAGUGGGCUCCCAGACGCCCAGUGUCCUCGGCAGGAUCUGCUUGGGAAGGGCGGCGGCCGUCCCAUUACUCAGCCCUCGACGCACUGGUCCGGCCAGUGCACUCCCCUCAGCGGGUCAACAAACACCAGCGCGUGACUCGACAGACACGAAAACAGCUGAACUUACUCAGAAAAGUUGUUCCUUCCACAUUUCCUUCUGUAAACUUUUUUCGCGCGUAGAAAGAAGCUCCUUCCUCCCCAGCCCUCGAGCGUAAGAUUGGGGGCGGGAGGGCGGCGACUGGCGGCACGAUGGACCUGGCUGGGCUCCUACUGGACGAAGAAGGCGCCUUCUCCCUCACCGGCUUCCAGGACUUCACGUUCCUCCCGGGACACCAGAAGCUGAGUGCCCGGAUCCGAAAGAGACUCUACUAUGGCUGGGACUGGGAAGCCGACUGUAGCCUGGAGGAGCUUUCCAGCCCUGUGGCAGACAUUGCUGUGGAACUGCUCCAGAAGGCAGCCCCCAGCCCUAUUCGCCGACUCCAGAAGAAAUAUGUAGCUCAUGUGUCCCGGGAGGCAUGCAUCUCCCCAUGUGCUAUGAUGCUAGCUCUGGUGUACAUUGAGCGGCUCCGGCACCGAAACCCAGACUACCUACAGCAUGUGUCAUCAUCUGACCUGUUCCUGAUCUCCAUGAUGGUGGCCAGUAAGUACCUCUAUGAUGAAGGGGAAGAAGAAGAGGUCUUCAAUGAUGAAUGGGGAGCUGCUGGGGGUGUGGCCGUGCCUACUCUCAAUGCCCUGGAGAGGGGCUUCCUGAGUGCCAUGGAUUGGCGUCUCUACACUGACCCUCGGGAGAUCUUUGAGGUGCUGAGCUGGCUGGAGAGCUGCGUGGCUGAGCAACAGGGACAGCGGCGGGGCUGGUACACCUACACAGACUUGUGUGUGCUGCUGGAGCAGCCAACCUGGCAGCUGGCCCUGGGUUCUCUGUGCCAGCAACUGGUAAAGCUGUCCUGCCUGUUAGCUAUGGCAUACGUGAGCAGCGUGGCCUUGGCUGUGGCAUCGGCGGCUGUAAUACACCAGUCCUUGGGGCUGUCCUGCAGCCCCCCACCUGGCCCCCCUGACCUUGGAUUGGCCUCCAGGUGCCUCUUGGAGCCCUGCAUACCUUCUCCCGUCUUACCGUGCCUGCUAUCUGCUAAUGUCUCCAGCUGCCCAGAACGAGACGUAGGGCUGCGUUCGCUCUGGGGCAGUCUUCUGGCCUCACUGACUCCCCCACCAUUGCCUCCACCAGAUCCCCUUGCUCCUCCCACUCAUCUCCAUAACUGCCCCCUUUGCCAGAGGUUCCGGAGAGACUCCCCAACCUGCCAUGCCUGCCACCACCCCAACCAUACAGUCUCCACUGGGCCUCCCAGUCCCUGGUACCAUACCCAUGGCCUGGCUCCACCCUGGCCCUGGAGCCCUGUGCUCCCUCCACUCCCCCAGCCCCAGCAGUGUUCCCUUUUCAGUGUCAUGGAGCUUGCCCGCCUCAAGUCUUUCAUUUUUCCAGGCUAGGGAGGGCUCUGAGGAGUACAUUAAGAGUAUUUGGGAAUCCCUGAGAACCCAAAGGAGCAAUGCUUGAUUUAGAUCCUCUCUACCUCUCUGGGUCCUUGGCUGGUCCCCCGUCCUCCUGGGUAAGAUUUUAAGGGUUUGUAGGGCAGAAGGACUGAAGGUCCUUCACUCUCCUAGACCUCAGUGCCUGGCUGCUUGCCCAGGGUGCUGGUGGUGCCAAGGAAAGCUUCAGCUCAGUUACCAGGGGCACAUCAGAUGGACAGAGAAGCCUCCAUCUCUCUGCCUCCCCUGGACUUUUCUAGACUUUUGAUUUUGAGUUCCUAGGAUGGAAGGGUAAAGGUAGAAGAUGGAGGAAGGAGAUGUUGACAUGGGCCUGUGUGAUGUCCCUGAGGCAGGAGAGCCCAGAACUGAUGGGGCUCAGGUGAGAGCUACUGAGAGAAGACUGGGUGAGGGGAAACCUCCACACCCAUCCCUUGGAUGUAGACUAAUGGAUCCAAGGACUGCUGGGACCUUCAAACCUUGACCUUUUGUCUUCCACCCUUCUCUUAGUGCCCUGCUCCUAGGCUUUCCUCUCUUCUGGUUCCUCUCCCGGUGUUCUCUUUUCAGGCCUCUCUGGCCACCACUUUGUAUCUGGGUUUUUCAUGCUUUUGUAGAACUGAGGUUUCAAUAAACAUUUUCAGUUGCA